AUGAGAAUUCGCUUAAGAUUAAUUAUAUAUCUGUUCACAUUAGUAGGUGCUUUAACUGCGGCUCAAGGAUAUAUGAACGACGAGAAGUUUUAUCGAAAACGUAUGGUACCUGGCUUAUACAACGACUUCUCAUUUGCUAGCGUCGACGGCAACAAUUGCAACGGUAAGCAAGAAUGCAAGGGAGCUGAAAAAAUAUCGCAAGGUAAUCCUAAGCAGAAGGCUACCAACAUAGCACAGAAAGCCGCCCAGGAAGCCGCUGCUGCUUCGGAAGCGCAAAACGCGGCGGGUCAAGCCGCAGCUCAUCAAGUGAAAGCUCAGUUAGCUGAAAAGGCGAUGCAAGCAGCUAAGGCUGCCGAGGCUGCUUUGGCUGGUAAACAACAAAUUGUUGAGCAGUUAGAGCAAGAAGUACGCGAGGCCGAAGCUGUUGUACAGGAAGAAACUUCUUCUCUUCAAAAUGCUCAAACAAAUAUUAAUGCGGCGGUGAGGGCGGCUCAACAGGCCCAAGCUCAGUUAAAGACGUUAACACAGGCGGUGCAAACCGCUCAAGCCAAUGUCGGCAAUGCUGAGCAAGCAGCUAAUGGCGCACAAGCUGAGGUGGCGGAAAAAUCUCAGCUACUAGAUGCCGCAAAAACGCGUGUCGAGCAAUUGUUGCGUCAAUUAAGUAAUGCACGCCAAGAUUUUGCCAACACUAAGCAGGCCGCUUAUAAAGCGGCUUGCGCUGCUCACGAAGCGAAAGUCAACGCUCAGAAAACUCGCCGCAGUUUAUCGAAACGUUAUUUAACUGCCGAUGAAUUAAAAUUUAUACGGAAAUUAAAGCAACAUCGUCGCCGUUUCGCACGUGAACAUCAAUUUGAAAAUAAUAUGUAA